UAGGUGCAAAGCGUUCGUGAUAAGGGUUUCGCUGUGGUAUGCGUGCGAUUUGCGUGCGACUUUGGUCUUCAACUUAUCGGCAAGAAGCAAGCACACAGGAAGUCUCUCCACUCGUACCGUACACAGAAUGCCAGUCGAAACUACAUGUGUAAGGGAGGAACUGCUGGCCAAGCUUCCAGAUACACGCGCUUUUCUAGAUGACCUGGAAGGCCAUCGUUCGGGGGGCCCAGCGAAGGAGCUUUUCCGGUGGAAUGAGCCGCUUACGGUAGCGCGCGCUCCAGGCCGACUGGACGUCAUGGGUGGCAUUGCCGAUUACAGCGGCAGCCUCGUCCUGCAGAUGCCCAUCAGCGAGGCGGCCCACGUCGCUCUACAGCUUCAAGAGCCAGGUCCGGACGCCCCAGCAAUGCUGACGCUGGUGUCCAUCCCCGCCGCGGGUGAGGAGGCGCACCGCGACCCCGUCUUCAGCUGCCCCAUGGCGGACCUGUUCCCCGGCGGGCAGCCACUGGAGUAUGAGGCCGCACGUGCGUACUUCAAGGCGUCCCCCUCCACCUCCUGGGCCGCCUACCUCGCGGGCUGCCUGCUGGUGCUCGCGCGCGACGGCCCGGACGCGCCCGCCACCGCCGCCCGCCUGGCCUCCCGCAGCGUCUCCCUGCUGGUGGCGAGCCGCGUGCCGGAGGGCAAGGGCGUGUCCUCCAGCGCCGCGGUGGAGGUGGCGGCCAUGACGGCGCUGGCGGGGGCGCUGGGGCUGCAGGGGCUGGGUGGGAGGCAGGGUGGGAGGCAGCUGGCGCUGCUGGCGCAGCGGGUGGAGAACCUGGUGGUGGGGGCGCCGUGCGGCAUCAUGGAUCAGAUGGCCUGCACCCUGGGUCAGCAGCACUCCCUGCUGGCGCUGCUGUGUCAGCCGGCGGAGGUGCAGGGCGCGGUGGCGCUGCCGCCGCAUGUGGCGGUGUGGGGCGUGGACAGCGGCAUCCGCCACAGCGUGGGGGGCUCCGACUACGGCAGCGUGCGCGUGGGGGCCUUCAUGGGGCUGCGCAUCGCCAGCAGCGGCGGACAACCCUCGGACGCCUCCGGCCCUCCCCCCGCCCAGUGGGGCGGCUACCUGGCGCGUCUGAGCCCCAGCCAGCUGGCUCAGCGGCACGCGGGUGUGCUGCCCGCCUCCAUGCGCGGGGCGGACUUCCUGCGCCGCUACACCACCCACUACGAUGCCGUCACCGCGGUGGACCCGGACAAGGAGUACGCAGUGCUGCGGCCCGCAUCACACCCGGUGCACGAGCACUUCCGAGUCACCACCUUCCAGCAGGCGCUGCUGCUGCCGCCGGGGCCGGAGCAGAUGAGGCUGCUGGGGGAGCUCAUGUUCCAGAGCCAUGCCAGCUACAGCAGCUGCGGGCUGGGGUCCGACGGCACAGACAGGCUGGUGGAGCUGGUACGGGCGGAGAUGGAGGCCGCGCGGGCUGCGGGCGGGUCCGAAGGGCCCCUGUGGGGAGCCAAGAUUACAGGGGGAGGAUGCGGUGGCACGGUUUGCAUUCUGGGUGAAGCGGGGCCGGAAGGCGAGGCGGCUGUGCAGCGCGUGGUGGCCGCUUAUGCGAGUGAGCGGGGGCUGGAGCCAAGCGCGAUCAAGGUGUUCCGUGGCUCAUCGCCCGGCGCGGCGGAGCUUGGGCCGUUGACUGUGGUCGUAAAGUAGAAACGUUGCCUAAACACGAUGUGUGUAUUUCUCUGAUAAUUGUGUAGAAUAUGCUAUUCUGUUAUGCGUGCGGCAGUUUGCGCCUGGGUAGGGUCGUCGUACACUAAGUAGCCUGACGUGUCGCCAAAAGCGCAACCCUAAUCCAAACGCUCAUACUCCUAAUCACGCGCGCUUCAAUCGUUCUAGCGAUAACUUAUUAUAGGCAUCAUCGCAAUCACUAGUUGCACUUCCUCGCAAACUCCGCUUGCAUACUGGUCCGUGUUCGGCUAGCUUGGCACCCGAGGCGUAGGUUGGCGUCGGCUAAGAUGCCUCUUUCAACACAUCCGUUAGCGAUGGGCCCGUCGGCGGCCUCGCAUCAAAAGGUCGUCAAUGUGCCGAUGGGCAGGUUGGGUGUAACCCAGAACUCUCCAGCUAGCGUCAGCGGACGUUGUCACAGGCGCUCAUGCGUGACGCACGCUCAGCAGGGACCAAAUGAGCCGAACAUUGGCAGCAUUCAUCGUGAUCUGCUAGCAGAGAUUGAAGAGCGGCGAAGGAACCAGGCGCAACUACUGGAAAAGCUAAACAAACUGGCCGCAGACUCGCCCGUCAAGGGAAAUGCUGCCGCUCCUGCACCCGUCCCUGUGCUUGCCGCGGUUUCAACCGCGGGGCCAUCCUCAGCAUCAGCGCCCGCACGAGCCCCUCCACCCAUGUCGCCACAGCCAUUGCCACCGGCUCCCGCUGUAUCUCCCUCUAUACCGGUGUUUGAGGUGCCCUCCCUGCCGCUUGGUUCCGAGCCGGAGAUGUACAUCGAGCCCGCCGUGCCGGUGCCGGAGGCCGCCCCCUCGCCCCAUGAGAGCGCCCCGCAGGCCGCCCAGAAGCCGCCCCCGCUGGCGGGUCCCAACGUCAUGAACGUGGUCAUGGUGGGGGCGGAGUGCGCACCCUGGUCCAAAACAGGUGGUCUGGGCGAUGUGAUGUCCGCACUGCCCAAGGCGCUGGCUCGGCGGGGGCACCGCGUGAUGGUGGUGGCGCCGCGCUAUGAGAACUACCCGGACGCCUGGGAGACGGGCGUGCGGCGCACCUACAGCGUGCUUAACUCGCAGCAAGAGGUUGGCUACUUCCACGCCUAUGUUGACGGGGUGGACUACGUCUUCGUGGACCACCCCGCUUUCCAAAGCCGCGGGAAGGACAUCUACGGCGGCGAGCGGGGGGAGAUCCUCUUCCGCUGCGCGCUGCUGUGCAAGGCGGCGCUGGAGGCUGUGUGGCACGUGCCGUGCGGCGGUGUGUCGUACGGCGAUGAGAACCUGUGCUUCAUCGCCAACGACUGGCACACGGCGCUGCUGCCCGUGUACCUGCAGGCGCACUAUCGUGACUACGGCAAGAUGACCUAUGCGCGCUGCCUGUUCGUGAUCCACAACAUGGCGCACCAGGGCCGCGCGCCCUUCGUGGAGUCGGGCCUGCUGGAGCUGAACGAGGAAUACCGGGAGCGGUUCCGGCUGUACGACCCCAUCGGCGGCGAGCACAUGAACGUAAUGAAGGCGGGGCUGGAGUGCGCGCACCGGCUGGUGGCGGUGUCGCAUGGAUAUGCGUGGGAGUGCCAGACGCCGGAGGGCGGCUGGGGCCUGCACGAGGUGCUCAAAUCCAACAAUUGGAAGCUACGCGGCAUCGUGAACGGCAUCGAUGAACAGGAGUGGAACCCGGCCACGGACGACUUCCUGAAAUCCGACGGCUACCGCAAUUUCUCCGUGGACAACCUGGUGGAGGGCAAGCGCGCCUGCAAGGCGGCCCUGCAGCGGGAGCUGGGGCUGCCCGAGGACCCGGACGCGCCGCUGCUGGGCUUCAUCGGUCGGCUGGACUACCAGAAGGGGGUGGACCUGAUUCGCGACUGCUACGACUACAUGAUGGGCGAGCGCUGCCAGCUGGUGAUGCUGGGCAGCGGGCGGCAGGACCUGGAGGAGGCGCUGAGGGAGAUGGAGAACAGGAACAAGAACCAGUGCCGCGGCUGGGUAGGCUUCUCCGUCAAGAUGGCGCACCGCAUCACCGCCGCUGCCGACAUCCUGCUCAUGCCCUCGCGCUUCGAGCCCUGCGGCCUCAACCAGCUGUACGCCAUGGCGUACGGCACCGUGCCCAUCGUACACGCGGUGGGCGGCCUGCGCGACACUGUGAAGCAGUUCAACCCCUACGAGAACGUGGGAACCGGCUGGUGCUUCGAGCGCGCAGAGGCGAACAAGCUGCGCGAGAGCAUCGGCAACGCGCUGUACACGUACCGUCAGUUCCGCGACUCGUUCGUUGGGGUGCAGCGGCGCGGCAUGGAGCAGGACCUCACCUGGGACCACGCGGCCUCGCUGUACGAGGAGGUGCUGGUGGCGGCCAAGUACCAGUGGUGAAGGGGAGGAAGAGGGAGGAGCUGAAGAGGCAGGAAGAGGGUGAAGGAGGAGGAACCGAGGGACAUGUUGUCCGAAGCCUGACUCAGGAACUGAGGGUGUUGGGUAUGGAAUGCUUCCCUGCUGUGACUGAUUUACAGUAGUGUUAGUGCUCUACACACUGCUCCCGCGAGGUUUUGCUGCUGCCGGAUGGCUGCUAAAACUAUGCUUGGAAUGGCGUGGUGGGAAAUGGAGGAGAGCUGUGAAGAGACGCGUAUGAAAGUGUGGGCGUACAUGAAAACGAUGAAGGGGGUGUUAUGAGGAAUAUCCAGAUGGAUGUGAUGGGCCUGCGGCACGGCAUGCGAAGCCGUCCUGCCAGGUAUGUAUUACGUGAGCUGUGACCACUUGCUGCGGCCCGCAUAAUGGGGUUGUGCCUUGUGCCGACCCGACGACGUUUUGUUUAUUACUACAUCAACCUUUUUCCCGUGUGUAUCGCCCGACCGAACAAGGUGUAUGCAGGAGGAACAUGCCGCUGUUAGCGGGUGUUGGAAGCUUGCUGAAGACCUCUAUUUCGUUACUCUCUGAGUUGGCGAAACGGGAGUUACAUUUAGGCAGAGAAGAUGAUUGCAUAGGUUCAUAUGGCUGUGGCUUACGUUGCUAACUCCCUUCUGCAGAUUUGUUUACUCAUUAUUUACCGGCUCCAGAAAAGCCCUGUUGUGCCCACCUUGAACGAGGGGACAGUAAACGCAUCAUGUCUUUUGUUGUGUAUUCCGUUGCGCCGCGCAUCUCAAACUUAAUGUAAGAAGUUCCAUCUCUCUAC